GGAAUAUAUUGGUGUUAUUCUUCCAUUUGUUAUUAUAGUGCGCGCAAUACUACCUGUAUCUGAUUUCUGUUAUCAUUGAACUAACUCAUUGAUGAAAUUACUUAUCUUUCCAAAGUGAUGAAAGACAUUAGAGGGUUGAUGAUAGUGAAUUAUAUCACCAAGAUCAUUCCAGUUUGAAAAUAGUGAACAGUAUUGACAGUUCUAUUUUUAGUGUGAUUUUCGAGGGUUUAUGAUUAGAAAAUGUGAACAUUCAAAAUUGUUUUACAUGACUUGAACUAAUUUGAAACAGUUGAACAAGUUUUUGUGAUUAUGUAGAUAGUUUUAUGUGAAGGGAAACCUUUUAUCCCUGAAAGGGACAAUGCCACGACCCUGUCGUGAGUCGUACGGUGACCAAAAACCUCCCUAUUCCUACAUUUCCCUGACCGCUAUGGCGAUAUGGAGCUCACCCGAAAAAAUGCUCCCCUUAUCAGACAUUUAUCGGUUUAUCAGUGAUCGAUUCCCAUACUACAGGAGAAACACUCAACGGUGGCAAAAUUCUUUGAGACAUAAUUUGUCGUUCAAUGAUUGUUUUAUUAAGAUACCUCGCAGACCUGAUAGACCAGGGAAAGGCGCUUACUGGGCGCUACACCCUGCAGCGUUAGAUAUGUUUGAAAACGGGUCGUUCCUCAGGAGGCGGAAAAGGUUCAAACUGCCGAAACUGGAGAAUUUGGUGAAGAAUUCUUCAUCUGCCACCCCCAAGGCCCCCGAGGGACCCUCUUCAAGCCCCCCUGUGACUACCGAAGUUCCUAAGAGCGCCGCCCCCAAGCCGUUCAGUAUCGACAGCAUAAUUUCGCCGUCACCGCCCCCAGCGAGCAAUUGUGCAGCGCCCCUGGGGGGUCCCCUGCUGCCUCCGACCUACCAGCACCAUCCCCCUGUUUGUCUGCCCCCGGGCCCGCUGUUGCAGCCCCCCUACGCCGCCCUCUAUGCCGCCGCUCUGCAUGGAUUGUUGGCUCCACCCCUUCACCACUUUUUGCAGCCUCUCGAUUUGGAGGCCAUGGCCAGGCAGCGGUUUCAGCAUUUAUCUGGUGAGUAA